AUGAGUAACACUACAGAUAAAGCAUCUAGCAUCGAGACGCUGAAGCUACUGGUUAGUAAGCUUGCUGAGGAGCUACCCAGUUUUACUAAGGCAGUUGAUAGACGUACAAGAAGGAUUCUGGUGAACAAUGCUGCUCGUGCGUCCUUUUGGAUCGCGAUCAUAGCACUCUGUUUCUUAUUGCCGCUAUGGAACUAUCUUUCUCUUACGCGAUGGUUCUUCCGCGUGAGGCAUCAUCUAAGGCACGAUAUAUUUAGGAAAAGUCGAUGGAUACACGGAUCGCGGUUCUAUCAUAGCCGUGGAUUCAAAAUAUGUGCGUUUUGGAUUCCUCUAACGGUGGCGUGUUCGAUAUUUCACGCCAGUGGUGAUCUUGCUCUGAUCACGAAGCGCCUUGGCCGGAUAGCAGUUGCGUUAAUGCCCCCUUUGUUGUUUUUGACAAUGCGGCCAACCCCUUUGCCACACACACUAUACCUGGCAUUACUUCCCCUCCAUAAGUGGAUCUCGCGGAUUGUGGUGGUUUUAUCUCUAGUUCACACGAUCCUUUAUUCAUGGUACUUUUUAGCAACGCACACGUUUAUUAUCAAAAUGAAGAAACUUGCUAAUAUAUGGGGAGUGGUUGCAAUGAUUCUAUUUAUUUUAAUCGGUAUUACUUCUCUGUCCGGCGUGCGGAGAUAUAACUUCAGACUGUUCUAUUACACGCACUACAUUUCCACAUGGUUAACUGUUAUUUUGAUUCACUAUCAUGCACGCCCCCCUGUAUCGUGGUACACUUAUAUGAAUUGCGGAAUUCUAGUUGCACAGAUUAUUUACAGAGUAUGGCGGACGUCCCAUACACGUGUCUCAAUCGUUCCUGUUUCUCCAAGUAUUGCAUUGAUCGAGUUUCCGUGUUCAGAUCUAAAGAAGAAGCCCAUAUUACCUUCUUCUCACGUUAGAAUUAAUAACCACUAUCCUAAGUCGUUCUUCAGACGAUUUUUGCAACAGAUGGUUCCUCUUCAGCAUCCAUUCACGGUAGCGAGUCUUCCAACUGACGAUAUGGUGAGAUUGAUUAUUCGACGGGGUAACUUCAAACUUAGGGAUAAUGGUGAAUAUCUGGUUUGUGGCGCAUUCGAACCAAAAAUCGACUUCAUUUCAAAGCACUCUUAUAAAUUUCGGGAGGGACAAUUUACUUUUCAGAAUAAUACGCCCGCACUUUUGGCUUCGCCCUUACAUUACGAUAUUCGAGCGCGCAGGGUCCUUAUCGUAGUAGGAGGAAGUGCUAUUUCCUUUGGCUUACCAUUAUUGAGAAUUUUGAAUUUCAACGGUGUCACAGUGCGCCUAAUCUGGGUGAGUCGUGAUAUAAGGGAUCUAAAGUUGUUAAAUGUUUUCAAAAACAAUUUUGAAGGAAUGGAGAUUUAUAUUACUGGAUCGGAUGGCUCAGAGCAAGAUAUACAAAUUGAUUACAUUGAUUUUGACGACGAACAAAAUAGCUAUAGUGAUGCAAUAACAGCUUCCAAUUCGCUUGAGGAACCAGUGGGUCUGAAUUCUUCUAAAUCAGCUUAUGGCAGUCUUCCAUAUGUAGAUUCCACACCAGAAGCUGGUCUUCAAACUCAGCGCGGAACUAGUCAUGAAGAUGAAGUUGACUUCACUCAAUUGUUCAGUGCUGAGAGCUUAAGGUCUAAGAAGAAAUCCAUGGGUGAACUGCCGUCAUCUCCUUUGAACAAGCAAAAUGUGUUCCGAAAGCCUUCCAUUGUGGCCCUUCCUCAUAUUGAUGGUGGUGAAGAAAGCGAAAGUCGUUCAGUGGAAGAGGAGCAAGAUAGAGUUUUGCAAAUUCCUGCAGGUGUCAAGGUUUUUUUUGGACGCCCAAACCUGACAAAUGCAGAUUAUCAAUGGUGUUUAGAAAAAGAGUGUAUUGGUCCCACAGAUUCCAAUGACUGUUAUGAACCUAAUGUGUCUUCUACCCCCAUUGAUGAUCUAUCACAAGUAUGGGUCACCGCUGCUGGUCCACCUGGGUUGGUGGAAAGCACAAAAAGGUGGGCUACAGAUGGCGGGUUGCAUUUUCACGAAGAGAGUUUUACCGUUUGA